UUUUUAUCUUAGGUUUAAAGUUUAGUACAGAUAAACAUAUUGAUUUUUUACUGUUGUAAUUCUUAAGGAUAUAUCUAGAAAGAAAAGGAAAAUAUUGUAAUAACAAUGAUUGGAUACGUUUUGAUGUUCAAUGUUCUUUUAGAAGUUGCAAGUGCCACAAGCUGUUACUAUACCAUCUAUCAUACCUAUGCACCCAAUUAUUAUGGUAGUACAUAUUGCUACAAUGGAUGUUGCAAUUCAAACACCAAUGUUCCGUGCUGUAGUUACAGUUACAGUGACUACUCCAUCUAUUCUGAUUUUUCACUAUCAGUUGGAGCAAUUAUCGGCAUUGUGAUUGGUGUGCUUGUAGCCAUAGCUACAGUUGUGACGAUUGCAGUAUGUCUGUGUUGUGCAUGCGCUAGAUCAACACCAUCUACUCAAGGACACGUUAUCACAUCAGCACAACCAACAGUUUCAUACGUUGCUACUUCUAAUCAAACAGGUAUGCAAGGGUAUAGCCAGCCAUAUGGUGUCCAUGACAACAGUGGAUUUGUCCCUCCACCAGCAUAUAAUCAUACAGCCAUGCCAGCUGCCCAUCAUCCAAGUUAAGGAUAUAAUACUUUAACAUACAUUUUAUAUAAGCUACGUACAUGUAUAAUGACAUUUUUUAUAAUGUUUUGAGCAUUUUUAAAUUAAUGCUAAUCAAACAGAUUUAAUUAUGAGUCAAAAUCAAAAUAGAUUAUAAAGACAUUUUGUGUUUGCUGUAUAUCGUAUUUGAUUUUUUUUUAUCCUUUUUCGUUUUUUCUUCUUCACAUAAAUCAAUCAUAGUCUUCUUGUUUUAAUUGUUUUACAUUUUUACCUAACUUUGCCUUAUAUAGCUUGCAAAGCGAUAUGGUAUUUUGUUCAGUGUUGAAGGCGUCGUAUGAUGAUCAAUUAAUUCAAAUGUUUACGUUAUUUUGUAAGUUGUAACCGUUGCAAAGUUGUCUCAUUAGCAGUCAUACACAUCUUCUUUUUUUACAUACUUGUAGUCGCUGUGGUUAACCGACGGUUUAUGUCAAGGUUGAAAGAAAAGGUUCAAUUUCAAAAUAAAUGGUAAAAAUUCUCUGAAUUUUUUAUUUUUUUUUCAUUUUUGUGAACGAAACAUACACAAGGUAAAUUGCCUCGUUUGUGUAUAUUUUUCGUCGAUAUUGAAGAAUUUAUUAUUGUAACACAGAAUAAUAUAUUAUAUUUUUCCAUAAACUGGUCGUGGUUCUACAUUUUAUUACAUAUUAAAGAUGUUAAAACAAGACUGUUUAUUUUAUUAGUAGUACUGAUAUAUCUUAAGAUAGAGAGAAUAUAUAACUGUCCUGAUACAGUAAUUCGUUGUUUCAUGUAAUUGCGAACACGCAAAAUUGACCUCUACUAUAUGAUUUAACAUUAUGGGUACUUCAAAAAUAUUAAGUAGGUAUAGGGUGAUCAGAUAGUAUAUUAGAAAAGUAUCGUUUUGAAUUAAUAAGUAUAACACAUAACUGCUAACAUUUCACUCACACACGUGUUGUAAACAUCUGAAGAAUAUUAUUGUAUUUGCAUUGAACAUGAAUUGAUUUUUUAACUUUAAGGGUCAUUCUGUAUCUAUCAGAUCAUACUUUUCCUUGUAU